CUAAUUCAUAGAAUUAGGAGGAGAGAGGGAUUCCAUAAUAUCCGGGAAUUAUUUGAUUAUUUGAUACCUUGACACAUGAAUGUUGUAGAUGGAUCGAAAAGGGAAAAGAUCAAUCUCCUGUUCGAAAGAACCUCGCCCCAAACGGUUACGAACUCCUGCAGCAAUCUCUCACCAGUACGGUAAGCACCACAUUUAUUCUUUCAUAUCACUUAAUACUCUUCCUCCCUGGCUGUUGGACGAUUGUUUGUAAGGACUAAGUCUCUUCAUUCCAAAUGCAGCACCAGCCGUCCAUACAGGUGAAGGUUCAUCACAAUAUUUUGCUUCGUCAAAUGCUACCAAUGCUGGUGAUCAAGGUAGUACUUCGAUAUCCAUGUAUGAUCUUUUUUAUGAAAUCAUACUUUUGAGAUAACACUAAGUUCCAUGUACACGUGUUUACCUCUAAUUUAUCUCUUUUUGUAUUUUUCAUUUCAAUGAACCUGGACAUCAAUGAUCAAUUUUGGUUUGCACCUUCAGCCUCCAUUAACUUCUCCCACCUUUCUAUUAUUAUAGAAACUCAACAUUACCAGGUCCUCCUCUCAACAUUACUCCAUUUCCAGAUUCAUAACCAGCAGCCCUAAUAAACUAAGCGACUUGAAAGGAUCCAUUUCCAUUUCCCUUACCUUAAUUUAAUAUAAUUUUUGCUUUUAUCAACUAGCUGUUAAUGUAUUUCUUCAAUUAAUUUAUGAUUUCAUCAAAAACCAUUUUAUUCGUGGCUUCUUCUAGAGAAAAUAACUUUCCUUCUUUGUAAAACCAGAACACUAUAUAGAUUAGCUCAAACACUCUGUUAACUUCAAAUUAAAUUGAAACAAUAUAUACAUAUACCAGCAAGUACAGUAUUUGAUGAACUAUUGAUAAUUUCAUAAACACAUACUCACUUAACUAAUUUUGGCAGGAGGAAACAAGGAGUCCACUGCAAGAAACUGUUUGUUCAUCAAGCCAUUCCAUCCAAAGUGAUCUCACUUACACCCCUACAGCACUCCUCAAAUCUGUGAAGAAGGAACCAGGAGUCCACACCCCUCCACGAGCACUCUCCACAGCAACUAAUUCCACUCCAGAAAUUGACAGCACAGCUGCAAGCAACAAGAACAAACGCAAAUUUGAAGUCAUCUCUGAUUCAGAUUGAUGUUUGUCUAUCUGAAACCUCUUAUCGAAAGACAGCCACGUUGUCUCAGAAAAAAAGUUUGCAGAACUUUUAAUAAGUUUCUUAUGCUAUACUUUUAAGAGAUGAAUAUUGCACAAUUUUUAAUCUCCUUUAAUUGGUAUGAACAUAUUCAGCUGGUAUUAAUGGAAAACACUGACCAUCGCUAGAUGUGAUUGUGUUGAAAGUAUUUUAUGUUUCUAUCUUUUUGUUUGUAGUUCAUAUUCUUAGGGUUCUAUCUUCUACACUUCUGUAUCUUCUCUUUUUACUAAAAAAAGAUGCUGCAGCUAAUACAUCAUUGCAAUUGUCUUUCCCAAACCUAUUUUCAUUUAAAUAAGCUUUCUAACAUUUCUAAAUCCAUUUCCUGGAAGUUAACAAUUUAUUCCCACUACUUGGAUUUCAUUCUCCAUAACAUACAAUGUACAUCAACAAUUCACAGACUUACAUUACAUUUCAAUUUAGGGACACGACUACCAGGUUCUUACAUUAGAAUAUUUACAAGGAAGAUAAUAAAAGAGGAUGCGAGACGACAAUAAUAGCCUGAACAAAGUAGAGACGGUAGGAGAAAAAACACCCAAGUGACGAUAUUAGUUAAUAUUAAAUUAUACUUCCAACUGAUAAAAUCUUUAAUUAUCUACGAACAUUAUGAUUUGUCCCAAUCACCAUUUCAAACAAAGUUCACCCGGCCAACGGACCGGGUACAAGGCUAGUAUGCAUAUGGAAAGGAAUAAUCAAAAUAAAUAGAACCACACACUUACUAAUUAAUUCCCGUACUUGUACUCAAAGCAUGCAUUCGAUUCCGACGUUUAUAAUAAAGGCAGCCGUCGGCGAGGUUCAAGAACUCGUGCGUUGGUUGCAAUAUAUAACGUUAUCAUCAACGCACAAAUGGAAGCAGGCACUAGGUAGCUAGCUAGCUAGGCUGGCCAAAACCUCAAGAUCUUGUUAGUGUUGUGGUAUAUGAUCCACGAUUGAACCUCUUCCAACAACUCGAGUUAUUGGGAUCAAUUGGUUCUUGACUACAUGGUAUCAGAGCCUUCUGUGAUCGAGAGGUCUUGUGUUCUAAACCUCUUCCAACAACUCGAGUUAUUGGGAUCAAUUGAUUCUUGACAGAUCUAGUAGUGGUUAUGGACCAAACGGUGCCUAUUAAUUAACCGUACGUCCACAUGCCAAGGGAUCGAUUGAGUUGCUAAGCUCUGUACUUGCAUCGUCACUUGCCGAUUAAGUUCUCUUUGGAAACUCAUCAACAUCAACAUCGUCUCUUCCUCUUUGUCUCUGACCAGUCAUCACCACGCCUCACGUCGAUCGAUCCCUUGAGCUUCAAUACUAUAGGGUUGAGUGAAUGGUUGGCGAUUGUUCAUCACUCAACAAUUUAUAUUCCAACACAUGAACAUCCAUGUAAACUCAUCUUUGCUCUUAUGGUGUGGGUGUGGAUCUAUACAUAUACUUGGUUCUAAUAAAUCGAGUUAUUUAGAUUGAAUAUUGUAAGGAAGUGGUUAAGUAUCAUACAUGGUCAUCUCUCAACAACUCGAGUUAUUGAGAUCAGUUGGGUUAUGAUAUGAUAUCAGAGCUGGUUUGUCCUUGAUGUUCAAGUCCUCACGACCCCAAUAUUAAUCUUUGUCUUCAAGCACAUGGUAUGGCGGACAUGUGCAAACUUCAAACCCAUGAGUUGGCUUUCGUCGCGAGCAUGACAAAUACCAUGAGGAGUGAGGGGCCAUAUAUUUGAACCAACUAUAACCACUACUACUACCAUUAUCUCAUCAAGAUACCUAAUCAUCAUCAUCAUGACCCCCUUCUUCUUCCGCCAUAGCCGGCCCUCUCAUGAAGUAGUAGUUACUCCCUUGUUUCCUUGAUGAGCUCAUUUUAGACAGGUGGAGAAAAAGUAGUGGCUUACUUUGACUGAAUCAUGAAUAAUCUAUCGAUGCCAUCAAUAUAUAUAUACAUAUGGAUCGUGCCUACCGAAAUGUUGCUUGAGAAAGCACAAGCAUGUGUACGUAUUACAGAUAGUUUGUUGGCUCCCUGGGGUUUCCUGCUAUCAUUGCUGUCCUAGCUAUAGCGCAGGCGAAAUGAUCAGCUGGUGUAAUUGUAAAUGCUUUCUUCGGACGGGUUCUUUAUUCAAUUAUUUCGAUUUCUUUUUUUUAGUCUUGUGUUGGAGAUAAAAAAAACCAAAAAAAAAAAAAAAAGUGUCACUCUUUUUUUUCAGUCUUUUGUGUAGAAGAUAAGAGGGUAUGUAGGGUUGGAACUUGGGAGUUGGCGGCCGGUGAAGGGAAGCCGGCCGGUCAGAUGUGCCACAUUAAUAUGCAUGCAUCUUCGCAAAUAAAUCAAAUAAAUACGAGACAACUUGUACAGUGUGACAGACUUGUAGACUGCUCAACUGAUGAUUGUUUCUAACAUAUAAUUGCAUGUUUAUCAAGGUUAGGGUUUAAUAUGAAUGCCGCCAUUGAUGAAUGUGGAGGUAGCAGAGAGAAAUUAAUAAUCAUAAUAAUAUUCCGAUGGAUCGACGACUUCCGCGGCCAGGGUUUAUUAUUAUAGUGGCGCUGGUGCACCUCCUAGUCCUAGCUAGGCAGGCAUCAUUGCAGCAAAACAGGCGGUCGGCGUCUUCAUCGUCCACCGUUGGCCCCCACACCGCACUUCAUCAAUUCGAAACCGCCGCGCGCAACCGCGUACCGCGAAUCACAUUCGAAACCAAAAAGUAAUAUUAUGCCAAUUUGAAACCGUUGAAUAUUUUUUUCAACUAUACGCACAUCAACACACAAUAUAUUCAAUUAUAUAUGGCACUCAAGCCCUAGUUACAAAGCACGUUUAGGGUUAUUAGUGAUAAUUGUCAACAAGGAAACUAAACAAUUAUCCCUUUGAUUACUUUAAUACGGCAUAAGUUCUUUUAACCUUAAGUAGAGAUUAAAAACGUGAGAUGUUCAAACUCUUACUCUCUUCUUACUGGCUACCAAAACAAGAAACAGAGAGGACAUACUCUCUCUUGUUCCUGGUCUUGAUAUUUUUAACCUACUGAUGCAGACAUAUCAACUGUUUUGACGAAAUGAAGUGAGGAAAGUAAACUGAAGAAUGCAGAGUAAAAAAAAAAUUAAAUACUAAUUUACCAUUUUGGUGGAGGAAUUUAUUAAGGGCUGCAUAUGCGAAUAUUGAUUGAAUUGGUUGCUUGCAGGAGGUGGAAGGCCUGCAGGCAGCUGCUCCUGGCGGCCGGGGUCUUUUUGGGUAAGAAUAGAAUAGGUGUAACGGGCCCUUCUACAAAGGCCAAGCCCAUACUAGGUACACUAAGGGCCUGCAUCUAGUUUCGUUACCCAAUAACUGCGGUUUGCAUUGAAUUGCUCGGCUCCUCUUUGCAGUUCUGUUCUGCCCACUUUCGGGUUCUGGCUGGCUGGGCCUGGUCUCUCUUCAUUGUU